AUGGACUUGGAAAGUCGUAUUAAAGCCUAUCGUUUUGUGGCCUAUUCUGCUGUCACUUUUUCUGUUGUUUCUGUAAUAUCAGUAUGCGUCACACUGCCUAUGGUUUAUAACUAUGUUCAUCAUGUUCGUCGACAAAUGCAUAAUGAAAUUACUUUUUGCCGAGGUUCAGCUAAGGAUAUAUGGGCUGAAGUACAUGAAUUAAAAAAUAUUCCGGUUUCUCGCAAUCGCACGGCUCGUCAAGCUGGAUAUGGUGAAGCAGGUGUAAGUGGUGGAAUUACAGCACAAGCUGGGUGUGAAGCUUGUUGCUUGCCUGGUCCACCUGGUCCUGCAGGUCCACCAGGCAAGCCAGGCAAGCCAGGUAAACCUGGUGCGCCGGGUUUACCAGGUAGCCCAGGAAAGCCGCCGAGUCAGCCCUGUGAGCCUGUUACACCUCCGCCAUGCAAGCCAUGCCCACAGGGACCACCUGGACCGCCAGGACCAGUGGGGCCACCAGGUGAUGCAGGGCCACCUGGAGCACCAGGAGCGCCAGGCACUGAUGGACCACCAGGAGAACCAGGACCCAAAGGACCACCAGGACCGCCAGGAGAACCAGGUCCACCGGGGCCCCCUGGAGACGCAGGACCACCCGCACCAAGCGAGGCCCUUAUUCCUGGAGAACCAGGACCACCAGGUGAUGCUGGACCACCAGGACCACCUGGACCACCCGGGCAACCAGGAAGUGAUGGCGCUCCUGGUCCGCCAGGACCGAAAGGCCCACCAGGACCAGAUGGACCGCCUGGCGAAGAUGGGCAGCCUGGACAACCUGGUCCACCAGGCCCACCAGGUGCGCAGGGCGAGAAAGGUAUUUGCCCGAAAUACUGUGCAAUCGAUGGUGGUGUUUUCUUCGAAGAUGGAACCCGUCGUUAA